AUGGGAUUCAUAUACGGAUUCCUCUGUGGAGUCCUAUUUUUGCCGCUGAGUAUCCUGGCCGGAGCAUACUACUUCUUCACCUAUUCCGAAUCGCACAAGGAGAAAAUGCGGCAGGAGCUCGAACAAGAACGGAUCAAGGAAAAGGAACUGGAGCUCGACCUCGAGGACAUGCCCUCAGCCCUCUACGCAUCGUACUUGGGCGGCCUGCGAUCGUCAGGCGGCGGACCGAGCAGUGGCGGAUCCAAUGGCAACGGAUUAGCCGGAAUGGGUUUAAUGCCCGAACACCUCGACCCUCAAUAUCAAUUUGCAGGUUGGAUCUCGGUCAAGCGGAUACCAGAUGUCGACCAUCGGAUCAUUGAGCCCAAUUUUCAGAAAGUGAACAAGAGGAAGAAUGGGCACUCCAACGGCAACAGCGGUAAUGGCAACAACAACUAUGUCGGUGGACCUCUGGAUGAAGGAGGGCUUGGUCAAGGGAUCGCUGGAUCUUUUGGAGCGGGACCAGUGGCGCAGGACCCUCGAUUCACAUAUCUCGACACACAGAACCCUCAUCUCUCACUCCCACCAUGGCUUCAAGCCCGAUUCAAGGAUUCGAAAUACGCUGUCAUCAAAGGGGCUACCAUGUUCAUAUACGAGAACGAACUUGUGCAGGAGUGCCUGGGUGUCAUCACAAUACCCAACUAUCAAGUGUCGGUACCAGGACAACAAAAGGACGGACACAUCUUUUCGAAACGGAACCCGAUCUGGCUCAAGUACCAAGCUCCUGGAGGUCCUGCUUCGCUGGCUUCAACGAGUUCUCAUCAUACUCGGCGGUCGACAGCCAGCUCGGAGAACAGCCUUUCAUCAUCCAAGGACUAUUACCUGUCCAUGGUGAGCUGCAUCGAUAAGGAAGAUCUCUACUUUACAUUGCUGCGUUGCUCAAAGCUCAAGCCCAACCGUUCCUUCAUACGAGAAAUUCCAAAGCGGGACUCGACAAUGUUUGACAAGUCGGCUAUGAACACCCUGAUCCGGACGAUCCAUUCCAACGAGCACCAGUUCCAGGCAGCAUGGAUGAAUGCCCUUCUCGGACGGUUAUUUCUCGGCGUUUACAAGACUCCUCAGAUCAAGGACAUGGUCUUCCAAAAGAUGGUUGAAAAACUGUCGCGAGUUCGCCUCCCUAAUUUCCUCAACGACAUGCGGAUGAAAUCCGUCCAUCUCGGCGACGGUGUCCCUCUGAUCACCCGACCCAAGCUCCUGGCCCUGAAACCCAACGGUGAUAUGGUGAUGGAUCUCAGUCUCCUUUACCAGGGAGGAUUCCGUGCAGAGGUCGAGGCCGAGGCUGUCGUCACGGUCACCAAGAAAAUUCAGCCGAUCAAGGUGUCCCUCGUCCUUGUGAUGACUUUGAUUCGUCUCGAGGGUCGUGUCCAGGUCUGGAUCAAGCCUCCACCCUGUAACCGGAUCUGGUACGGAUUCUAUCACAAGCCUCAGGUCGAGAUGAAGAUUGAGCCCGUGGUGUCGGACAAGCAUAUCAAGUCGAACCUGAUCAUCAAGGCGAUCGAGAACAAGAUGCUGGAGGCGAUUGCAGAGACCAUGGUCCUCCCCAACAUGGACGACAUUCCGUUUUCGGACAGCGACGGUGCUGGAGGUAUUUUUGGCGAGGAGAUCCAACCUGGCGGGACUGCUGAUCCAACACCCAACCCGAACCAGCAGCAGCAACCCCAACAGCAACAACAGCAACAGCAACAGCAACAGCAACAGCAUCACAACGCCCACUCAAUGCCGCAGCAGCAGGCGAAGAGCCUUUCUCAUACCCUCAGUCCUUCCAUGCGUUCUGCGACGAUCGAUGUGACAGAGUCCUAUAACCACAGCAACAGCGCCGGCGCCAGUAGUCCACGGACUGCUAUGGAUCUCACGGGAGAAGUUCGAGUCCGACCUCGCGCCGAUUCGAUCGCUGCGCCUACGAUCUACAAGUACGCCCCUGGGUCUCGAUCGCAUGCGUCUCUUGGCGACGAAGUUAUGCAGCGGAAUUAUACCUACACCAAUAAUCACCCCAACAAUGGCGGCAGCAGCGACCUAGCAGGAAACCCGCAGCCGGCCCUCAACUCUCUAGAUGACGAUCCGAUGCGACCAAAUGGCGAGCAUAGCCAACAGCGACCGAUUGUUGAGUCACCCGAGGAGAUGUUCACGCGGACGCUGCAUGUUCCAGGAGGAUGCGGGAUUGAGGUGUCUGAUUACGGGUUUGGAGCCACUAUGAACUCUACUACCACCACCAACACCACCGCCUCGAGUGCUGCUUCUGCCCCUGAUUCGACUCCUGGAAACAGGCGCAAUUCGACGACCGUCAACACAACCAGCACCACGACGACGACUCAUAACUGGCUGUUCAACCGGAAACACAACAACAAUAGCAAUAGUAAUAACGACAGCAGCAGUAAUAGUAACGGCAACAGCAGCAACUUUACCAAUGGCAACUCGAACGGGAACAACAAUAAUAACACCACUAGCACAAUCAACGGGAGUUUAUCACCACCAUCGACUAUCCACCAAAGACGAGGAUCACUUGACCCCAGUAUCACACUCUCGUACUCUACAGGAACGUCGAUGGGACUCAACCCAAGCAACGCUCCACAACAGUUCCCGAACAUCGAGGCCGUUCGGACAAUGGAGGAGCACUACAGUCAUUACGGGAUCACGGAGUACCAACCCGCAGGUCUGGAGGGCAACAAGGCUGCGAGCAAGGAGAAGAAGAAGCUGAAGGACAAGUUGAAGAACUGGGAGAAGGAGCGACAAGAGCGUCAACAACUGCAGCAGCAGCAGCAGCAGAACCAAAUGGAUGGCGAUAGAGCGUCGGUGAAUUCGAAGGAUUCUGGAGACACGGGGUCGAGUUAUACUGCCAACGCGAAUGGACAAUGGGAUAGCAGCAACCAAGCGCCGUCGAUCUAUGGGAACAGCAACACUGGGAGCAGCAUUAAUGCCAACUCGAUGACGACCGAUAACCCGCACCAGAAGGAAAAGUUCUCGCUCGGCAAGAUGAUCAAGGGGUUCCGAAAGAAGCAUACCAAGGGAGCGCAUUCUGGAGGAUCCUCAUACCUUCACCCAAACUAUUCUUCGAACGGGAUCGGACGGUUCUUGCAUGGUGAGGAUGAUCUCUUGCAGCAGCAUCCUCUGGACGGCGAAGGCGGCGAGCCAAAUGGGUUCAUGCUGAACAGCGAGGAUACGGACGACUAUGGCGAUGGCGGGCAAGGAGGAUCUAUUCAUAGAGGAAUGGGACUCACAGGGUCGUUGUACCAUGGAGGUCUGGAUCUGGAGGACGCUCGAGCACCUACGACAUCGUCCCCUAAUGCACUCCUCUCGGCCUACCAACCACAGUUUCGACAAAAGUUUGAGUCCUCCCCGAACUUGUCUUCUUUGGCGUCGUAUUCUAACCCGGAACCCGCCCCUCAACCUCAGCCUCGAGCUGAUGAAGUGUCGCUGUCGGAUCAUGAGAGAGUCAUGCCGGGCUUUGGAGGAGGAGGAGCCAUCUCGCCAGCCUCGUCGACAACUGCAACACUCGUUUCGGAAUCUGGAAGUUUGAUGCUUGGAGCUGGAGGGUUUGGAGGCCGGAGUCGGUCGUCGACUAUCCAAGGCCCCACGAUCAACCCCAACCGUCUCUCGAUCAACAGUGCCCACACCGUCAACAGUGUCCACACCAUCAACAGUCUCCACAGCGCCAAAGGGAACGGUGCCAGUAGUCCAUUACACAGCGGAUCUCCACUUUCUCCUAGUCCUGGGAGCCGCCCGUCCUCGUUGCGCAAGUUUAUUCCUGAACACCAAUCUGUCGUACAGCAGCCCGAUCCGACAACGCAAUGUCAUGUCGAGCCGCAUUUCGUGAAUAAUGGUGUCGCUAUGAAUAUUCAUCCUGUGUCUUAG